UCGGGUUCCGGACAGGUCCCGUGUGACGUGGCCGCACGCUGGGGGCGGCUCCGGGCCGGGGGCCGGGCGGACAGGCCGGGCGGGGCAGAGCCGGGGCGGGGCGCUGUGCCGCAGCUGGAUGGCCGGGGCUGUCCGGAGCGCCUCCGCCGCCGUCGCCGCCGCACGCACGUGGCAUGCCUGGAUGUCCCUGCCCUGGUUGUGGCAUGGCGGGACAGAGGCUCCUCUUCCUCGCUGCUCUUGCCCUGGAGCUCCUGGGAGGGGCUGGGGGUUCCCAGCAGGCCUUCCGGAGCCGGGGGGUGGCAGCGGCCUGUCGCCUGGACAAUAAGGAAAGUGAGUCUUGGGGGGCCCUGCUGAGUGGAGAGCGGCUGGACACGUGGAUCUGCUCCCUCCUGGGCUCACUCAUGGUGGGGCUCAGCGGGGUCUUCCCAUUGCUCGUCAUUCCCUUGGAGAUGGGGACCACGCUGCGCUCAGAAGCUGGGGCCCGGCGCCUGAAGCAGCUGCUCAGCUUUGCCUUGGGGGGACUCCUGGGCAAUGUGUUUCUCCACCUGCUGCCCGAGGCGUGGGCCUACACGUACAGUGCCAGCCCUGGUGGUGAGGGGCAGAGCCUGCAGCAGCAACAGCAACUGGGACUGUGGGUCAUUGCUGGCUUCCUGACCUUCCUGGCGCUGGAGAAGAUGUUCUUGGACAGCAAGGAGGAGGAGACUAGCCAGGCCCCCAGCAAAGACCCUGCAGCUGCGGCCGCGCUCAGUGGAGGCCACCAUCUGGCCCAGCCAGCUGCAGGGCCCGGCCUGAGCGCCGUGGUCCGGAACAUCAAAGUCAGUGGCUAUCUCAACCUGCUGGCCAACACCAUAGACAACUUCACCCACGGGCUGGCUGUGGCUGCCAGCUUCCUUGUGAGCAAGAAGAUCGGGCUCCUGACCACCAUGGCCAUCCUCCUGCAUGAGAUCCCCCAUGAGGUGGGCGACUUUGCCAUCCUGCUCCGGGCCGGCUUUGACCGAUGGAGCGCAGCCAAGCUGCAGCUCUCGACGGCCUUGGGGGGCCUGCUGGGCGCCUGCUUCGCCAUCUGUACUCAGUCCCCCAAGGGAAGGAGACUGUGGCCUGGAUCCUGCCCUUCACCUCUGGCGGCUUUCUCUACAUCGCCCUGGUGAACGUGCUGCCCGACCUCUUGGAGGAAGAUGACCCAUGGCGCUCCCUGCAGCAAGUGCUUCUGCUCUGCACGGGCAUUGUGGUGAUGGUGCUGUUCUCGGUCUUCGUCGAGUAACUGUCCCUGACGCCCCACCCCCUGCACAGCAAUAAUAGACUCAGAUCGACUCUGUGACCGUGUGUGUGUGUGUGAGGCAGAGUGAGCGAGUCCUCCGAACUGACAAGAGGACGGGGUGUGUGUGGUGUGCAUGUGACUGUGUGCAAGACCGACACUGUGAUCCCUUGUGUGCUGGGCCCAGGGCCCGAUGCCCACGCCUGCCCCCAGCCACACUGCGGUCUUCUCUCCUUGGCCCCCUGUCACCUUGCACCCCCUGGAGUCAGCAGUGAGGAACAGGAACACUGGUCCCAAGCAGAGGCCUCUGCCCACCAGGACGCCAGGAGGAGUGGGAGCAGCCCAAGGAGCCCAGGGCUGCAGGGAGUCCCAGAGCUGUCUCCUGCUGGGGCCUCAUGGGUCCCUGGCCUGAGGGAGUGAACCUCUGCACAUGGGCACGCAGCCCUGGGCAGCCAGGAACUGAGGCUGGGGCACCUCCUCUCUGCUGUGUCCAGUGUUCUGGCCCUUCCUUCACCAGCUCCAAGGCCAAAGAAAGGAGAGGCAGGUGCUCAUGUAGCCCCCAGCGCCACUCAGCACUGACAGUCCUACCCCUCCCAGCAUGGAGCCGGGAGAUGCUUUCUAAGACCUUUUCCCCGUGGCUGCUUGCCCUGGCCCAGCUUCUGUUCCCCCAGGGAAUGCUCCCUGGCAACGCCAGCGGCUCUGCCACCUCCAGCUGCCAAACAGCAGCCAGCAGGGCAGCGAGCAGCCCCGGGCCAGAGGCUUCCCAGUUGGCUCAGGGAUGCUCGUGCCAGCACAGGGUCCAGGCAGACACUCGGAGGGCAGGAAGAGAGGGAGCGGUGGCUGCCACCACCCCCACCCCCGACCCCCGCCCCUGGCUCGGACCCCUUUUCCUGUCCCACUGUGGGUGGGGCUAGGCGGGGGUGGCGAGGGCUCCACAUUGUCAGCACUCAGGAAUGUGCUCUGGGGAUGCUGAAGCCAUAAUCCCCAGCUAUUUCCCUUGGCUGACGCCCAGGUACUCAGCUGGCCCACUCCACAGCCAGGCUCCAGCCCUGCUACUUGACCGUGGGCGUCUUGAGAAGUAGCCAUCAAGAGGGUCUGAAUGGUUUUACGGCAGUUUUGCUGUGGUUCCAUUUGUAUCUGUAAAUACCUGUUCUAUAGAUGAGAUGCAAAUAAAUAUACACAAACCGGC